CACAUGACCCUGGACAUGGAUGCGGUGCUGUCAGACUUUGUCCGCUCCACCGGGGCCGAGCCUGGUCUGGCACGGGACCUGCUGGAAGGUAAAAACUGGGACCUCAGCGCGGCCCUCAGUGACUAUGAGCAGCUGAGGCAGGUCCAUACUGCCAACCUGCCACAGGUCUUCAAUGAGGGCCGUUACUACCGGCAACCAGAGCACAUCACUCCCCAGCAUGUCAACAAGGUGGAGCGGCCCACAGUCCAGAGACAGGAGGAAAACACACAAGAGAAGCGCCUGUCUCGGGGGAUCUCCCACGCUAGUUCUGCCAUCGUGUCGCUGGCUCGCUCCCACGUGGCCAGCGACUGCAUCAGCGACCAGUUCCCCCUUGAGAUGCCCAUAUACACUUUCCAGUUGCCCGACCUAAGUGUCUACAGCGAAGACUUCAGAAGCUUCAUAGAGAGAGACCUCAUCGAGCAAUCUACCAUGGUGGCUCUGGAACAAGCCGGUCGUCUGAACUGGUGGUCCACAAUGUGUUCCAGCUGCAAGAAGCUCCUCCCCCUGGCAACCACUGGCGACGGCAACUGUCUGCUGCAUGCCGCGUCGUUAGGGAUGUGGGGUUUCCAUGACAGAGACCUGGUGCUGAGGAAGUCUCUCUAUGCCAUGAUGAAGAGUGGAGCUGAGAGGGAAGCGCUGAAGAGGAGGUGGAGGUGGCAGCAAACCCAACAGAAUAAGGAGUCAGGGCUGGUGUACACAGAGGAGGAGUGGGAGAGAGAGUGGAAUGAGCUCUUGAAACUGGCCUCCAGCGAGCCACGAACACACAGCAGCAAGAACAGCAACACAACUGGAGGGGUGGACAACUCAGAGGAUCCAGUCUAUGAGAGCCUGGAGGAGUUCCAUGUGUUUGUUCUGGCCCACGUGCUGCGCAGACCCAUCGUAGUGGUGGCGGACACCAUGCUCAGAGACUCUGGGGGAGAAGCCUUUGCACCCAUCCCAUUUGGCGGUCUGUACCUGCCUCUGGAGGUUCCACCAAACCGCUGUCACUGCUCUCCCCUGGUCCUGGCCUACGAUCAGGCCCACUUCUCUGCCCUCGUCUCCAUGGAGCAGAAGGACCAGCACAGGGAGCAAGCUGUGAUUCCGCUCACCGACUCAGAACACAGGCUGCUGUCGCUUCACUUCGCCACCGACCCAGGCAAAGACUGGGACUGGGGCAGGGACGACAAUGACAACGCUAAACUGGCCAACUUAAUCCUUUCACUGGAAGCCAAGCUCAACCUCCUGCACAGCUACAUGAAUGUAACAUGGAUUCGAAUACCAUCAGAAACAAGGGCUCCCCUUGCGAUGCCAGAGUCCCCCACAGCGUCAGCAGGAGAGGACGUCCAGUCUCUAGCAGACUCCAUGGACUCUGACCGCGAAUCUGUCGGCAGCAACUCCAACAUCAACAAUGGCAAGGCCCCCACGUCCUCCUCUGCUGCCAGUUCCAAGGAAAAGGCUCAAGAGCCCAAGGAGAAAAGCGAUAGGCAGCAACAGCGGAAGGACAAGGACAAAACCAGGACGGACUCGGUGGCCAACAAACUUGGAAGCUUCAGCAAGACGAUAGGCAUCAAACUGAAGAAAAACAUGGGAGGCCUUGGAGGGCUGGUGCAUGGCAAGAUUAACCGGUCAAACUCAGGUGGCAAUGGACGGAGCCUGGAAAAUGGCGAGACUAAGACCAAGAACAAGAGGGAGGGUAAGUCACGGAAGGAUGGAGCAGGAAGUGGGAAAGAGGAAUCGGGCCAGUCGGCCAGCAAUUCCUCCUCAUCUGAGAAAACCACCAGCCCCUCGCCAACAGAGAGGCUGCCAUCCCCCCUGCUGGAGAGGGACAGAGGCAGCCUCCUGGCCAGGCUGGUGGGGGACAAGACUCAGACAGAGCACUGGAAGUACAGCACAGAUGUCAAGCUCAGCCUCAACAUCUUGCGAGCAGCGAUGCAAGGGGAACGCAAGUUCAUUUUUGCUGGACUGCUCCUGACAAGCCAUCGCCACCAAUUCCACGAAGAGAUGAUAAGCUUUUACCUGAGUAGUGCCCAGGAGCGCUUCAGUCAAGAGCAGGAGCAGAAGAGGAAGGAGGCUGAGAAGAAGACAACGCAGGUGACUGCAGUGGCGGCGACAGCCACAAAUGGACCAUCGACGAACUCUGCAUCCGUAAAGAAGGCUGAGCAAGAGAGCAUCCCAAACAGGGAGAGAGAGACCUCCACUCCCACGCCUCCUCCCAUACCCCCACCCACUGUCUCCAUGUCCCACGAGAGCUGUUCUCCUGCCAAGCAACACUACCAAAGCCAUAACCCACACAUUCCUCCACAUUUGGCUCUUAAGCUGCAGGGCCGCCACAGCCCAUCUCCCCACAGCUCUCCCUGUAGCAGGAGAUCCCUCCUAAGCUCCAGCCAGCCCUCAGCCCCCAUACCAGUGGCAGCCCACUACAGCCACACGCCACCCAUCCAGCGUUCCAGCAUCAUUCACCUAAGGGAGGUCAAUGUAGGCUCACCACCAGCCUCCUUUCGCGAGGAGCCCUAUCGGCCUAUUGUGGGCACCCUGAAGACGUGUGCCACCUACCCACAACAGAACCGCUCACUCUCCUCCCAGAGUUACUCACCGGCCCGCAUGUCCGGGGUCCGUACCGCCAUGAAUACGGGCAGCAUGUCUGUUGAUCCCUACAGCAUGCCAGGAGAACACAAGUCCCACACCUACACCAACGGCUUCAACGCAAACGAUAUCCGAGACUGCCUGGAGUUCGCCGAUGCCGACUCGCCAUCCGCCUGGGCCAGCAGCGGCACCACCACUGAGAAAACCAAAGGGAGGAGUGGCACAGGGGGCUGCAACAUGUACUGCCUGCAGCAGAGGAGGUGCAGAAGGGAGAACUGCUCCUUCUAUGGCCGACCUGAGACCGAGAACUACUGCUCCUACUGCUACAAGGAGGAGCUCAAUCGCAGGGAGAGGGAGGUCAAGUUUCACAGACCUGGAUAG